ACGCAUUUAUACUAUGUACCCUCUUUUUGUUUUUCUUAAAGGUAAGAUUCAUAGUGUCCUAAAAGUGAAACAACGAUUGUAACUUUUACUAUGCAGGCAGGCGGACUUUUCUAGAGAAUCAACCAAAAAGACCAUCGACUCAUGAAAUUAUUGAAUUAUCCCCCACCCAAAUUUCUUCGAACACUUUGGGAUUCCUUAAUUCCAUUCACAACUAAUAACUCAUAACAAUACCUGCAAUAACGUCCAUAUUCAUUCACCCAUUACCUUAAAACCCACUCAACUCAAACUAACCUUCUUCCUUCACAUCCAAUUCUCCAAUUUCAGGUCGUUUUCUUACCAGCAAAUUACCCUUUUUUUGUUCUUGUUAUUGGAGAAGAGAAGUGAAAGUGGUGUGUGAUGUCUUCUGCAAUGGGGAGUCCAACAAAUGUUUUCUGGCAUGAAUGUGCAGUUGGGAAAGGAGAAAGGCAAAAACUUGUUAAUCAACAAGGCUGUGUUGUCUGGAUCACUGGUCUUAGUGGCUCAGGCAAAAGUACACUUGCAUGUUCAUUGAACAGAGAACUGCACUCCAGAGGAAAGCUAUCCUAUGUUCUUGAUGGUGACAAUGUUAGGCAUGGAUUAAAUAAAAAUCUCGGGUUUUCACCCGAAGAUAGAACUGAAAAUAUUCGCCGUGUUGGAGAAGUAUCGAAGCUGUUUGCAGAUGCCGGCUUAAUCUGCAUAGCGAGCCUGAUAUCUCCUUAUAGAAAAGAUCGCGAUGCAUGUCGUGCGCUGAUGACAGAUGCAAAUUUUAUAGAGGUUUUCAUGAACAUACCUCUUGAAGUGUGUGAACGAAGAGACACUAAAGGCCUUUACAAGCUCGCACGCGCCGGAAAGAUUAAAGGCUUUACUGGAAUUGAUGAUCCUUAUGAACCACCGCUGAACUGUGAGAUCAAGAUUGAACAGAAGAAUGGAGUUUGUCCCACACCAUGUGAUAUGGCUGCGCAAGUGGUUUCGUACUUAGAUGGAAAUGGUUUCCUUCGCGCUUAAAAGUUAAAAUAAAUAAUAAUCUAACUUUGAACCUUUUGGUUUUAGGAAUAUGAUAUGAAGUUAUGAACCAUGGUUUUGAGUUCAUUCUCUAAACUCCUGAAAAUGAUCAUGUAAAGUUGACUACAAAACGUUUGAAAAUUCACUAUAUUAUUAGAGUGAUGAUUGUUAGUAUGUUGUA